UUAAUUAUUCUGUUGAUACACUAAUAUUUAAAUAUAAUUCGAAAUAUUCUCUCUCUUUUCAUUAUUUCAACUUUUGUUAUAUCUAUAUGAGAAAUAAAGGAGCGAAAAUAUGGUAUAUUUCGUUCUGAAUGACUUUUGCAAUUGAAAGGAUAAAGGUUAUUUGUACAAAGAAAUGGCACAAACGACAGAUAUAUUUGUUGAGCCACAUUAUGAAGACGUGAUAUUACGUUUAACUACGCUUCUAAAGGAAAAUUGUGACAAAGCAAUCGCACGCGAUGAUAUUUUCAAAAUUGGAUUAUCAGGAGGAUCUCUUGUAAAUAUAUUAAUGCAAACUUUAUCCAAUAUAUCGACCGAUUGGAGCAAAUGGCGUUUCUUUUUUUGCGAUGAAAGAGUCGUUCCUUUUGAUAAUGAAGAAUCGACUUACGGAUUAUAUAAAACGAGUCUUAUUGGAACAGUUCCUAUAACCGAAAACCAAUUUAUCAAAAUUGAUCCAGAACUUUCAGCCGAAGAAGCUGCACGGGAUUACAUAAAAAAAAUGUCUGUCUAUUUUCCACCUGAUAGUUUACCAAAAUUUGAUGUAUUAUUAUUGGGAUUGGGACCAGAUGGACACACAUGUUCUUUGUUUCCUAAUCACAAACUUCUAGAUGAAACAAGUUUGUGGGUUUGUCCUAUUAACGAUUCUCCUAAACCUCCAUUGUCUAGGAUUACAUUUACAUUUCCUGUUAUUAACAAUGCUAGAGUGUGUAUUUUUGCUGUAUUAGGAUCCAGCAAAGCUAAGAUAAUUAAGAGAAUUCUAAAAGAUCAUGAAAACUUGCCGGCUGCUAGAGUUGAGCCAACUAAUGGUUCUUUAUAUUGGAUUUUAGAUCAAGAUGCGGCUAAACUUAUGAACUCAAAUUCAGAUUAAGAUAAUUAAUAAGAUAUUGAUUUAAGUGUUUGUGACAUUCCAUGUUGUAUUUUUUCUUAAUGCUCGUGAUGCUCUGUAACAUUUUUUGAGCUUUUUAUUUUGUAUACGCAUACAAUUAUCAUAAAAUAAGAUCUGAUUAGAUAAAAAAUUUACAA